AUGGCGACCGACCUUCUCGUGCGAGGAGGCCUGCGCAUCGCAGUAGAAGGGUGUGGCCAUGGCACUCUUCACUCAAUCUACGCUUCGGUCGCAAAGGCGUGCGAAGCCAAGGCCUGGCCUGGCGUCGAUCUUCUCAUUAUUGGCGGUGAUUUCCAGGCAGUCCGCAACGCCUACGACCUGAACUGCAUGUCAGUGCCCAAAAAGUACCGCGAGAUUGGCGACUUCCACGAAUACUACUCCGGACAACGCACGGCGCCCUACCUUACAAUCUUCAUUGCCGGCAACCAUGAGGCGAGCAACCACCUGUCCGAGCUGUACUACGGUGGCUGGGCUGCUCCCAAAAUCUACUACAUGGGUGCUGCGAAUGUCCUCCGCCUAGGCCCGCUGAGGAUUGCUGGCCUGUCAGGGAUAUGGAAAGGCUACAACUACAACAAGCCGCACCAUGAGCGCCUUCCCUAUUCCUUCAAUGACACCAAGAGCGCCUAUCACGUCCGCGAGUACGACACCCGGAAAUUGUUGCAGCUCAGGACGCAGGUCGACGUUGGCUUGAGCCACGAUUGGCCGAGAGGUGUUGAGUGGAUGGGCAACUACAAAUGGCUGUGGAGAAAGAAGGACCAGUUUGAGGUGGAUGCAAACAAUGGGCAACUGGGCAGUGUCGCUGCCAAGUAUGUAUUGGACCGCUUGCGACCUUCCCACUGGUUCAGCGCGCAUCUUCACAUCAAGUAUCCCGCAAUUGUCGACCACAAGAACGGUGUCGCCAAUGAGGCCUCCGCUAGUGCACCUAGUGCACCUAAGGAGCCGGAAGUCGAAGUCAGCCCGCAAAAGAACGAGGAUGAGAUUGACCUAGACAUGGACGACGACGCGGAAAUCCAGCAAACGGAACCCAAACCAGCCGUUGACAAGUCGCCUAGCACAGCUGCUCAGGUGAACACAGAUGAAAUCGACCUCGGACUGGAAGACGUCGAGACCGGUCCGGCCGCCGCUACGUCUGCUCAAGAUACUCCGGCAGAAGUACCAGGGGAUUUGAUUGCACAGCUUCCCGCAUCCUUCGCUCCUCAUCCCGAACAUCCUAAGCCAGCCGGACUGCCCUUUCCCGAAGAUAUCAAGAACGAGACCACGAAGUUCCUGGCACUGGACAAGUGCCUUCCCAGGCGCGACUUUCUCCAAGUUCUCGAGAUCGAACCCAUCAGUGUGCAGCCCACAGACGCUACUUAUCAGCGUCCACUCCACCUGGAGUACGACAAGGAGUGGCUCGCCAUCACCCGCGUUUUCGCAAAAGAUUUCGUAUUUGGUGAUCCUGACGCCACCGUUCCCCGUGAUCAAGGCGAAGCGCACUACCGUCCUUUGAUCGAGCAAGAAGAGGCGUGGGUUGAGGAAAACAUCGUCAAGCCGGGCAAGAUGACCAUUCCGGAGGACUUCGUCCAAACCGCACCGGUCUACGAUGCCGCCUUCGGCCCGCACGUCGACGGUCAGCCGAUGGAGUAUACCAACCCGCACACCAAGACUUUCUGCGAGAUGAUGCAAAUCCCGAUUCCGUUUGACGCGACGGCAGAGGAAAGGGCUGAGCGCAUGGCGAGGGGUCCGCGGAAAGAUGAGGAUGCAGGUGCCUACAGAGGCCGAAGCGGCCGCGGCUUUGCUGGUGGCGGCGGUGGUAGGGGCCGUGGCCGUGGCCGUGGAGGCGGAGGCAGAGGCAGCCGCGGCAAGUGGCGUGGUGGAGGAUAA